AUGUCGUCUACAAUGUUUACAUCCUUGAAAGUGGUAGAACUGCACGAGAUUUUGAGAGGAAAAGGGAUUUCUGUUUCAAAUGUGAAACGAGAGAACUUGGUAAAGCUAUGUGAGGCAGUUGUUAAGCUGAACUUACCAGAUGAUCCCGAUAUGUGCGCCGAUCAUCCAGUGUCAAUAUACGAUAUUCUCGGCGAGUUUUCUGUUGACCCCUUCAAGAUCCAAGGACUUUCUAACGAUCUCACAAAAUUACCAACCUUUUCCCUGUAUGAUGUGUUUAAUUACUUGUUAUAUAAAACUGCAAAUUAUGAUCAAAGGAAAUUAAAAGCGUACAAAUCUUGUGAAGAUUAUAGACUAUUCUUUGAUGGGUAUGUUGAGAAGUUAGAAAUGAAAGAACUUGAAGAUGGAGAUAAUUACCUUAUCAAAUCCUUCGUGAAACCUACGCAGAAGGAUAGGACUUACCUAAAUAAAACAGCUUAUGAUGUUUGGGUGGUUAUGUGUAAAAGUGGAAGCGUAAAUUGUGCUUACUGCACAUGCAUUGGAGGAGCUGAUGGAGGAUGUCGCCACAUCGGAGCAACCCUGUAUGAAAUUGAGGCUUUUGAUGUCAAGUCAGUGACAGAUGGAGAUAACUUGUGGGUAAAACGACCACGACAUCAUGAUUGCCCAGUGCCUAUAAAGCAACUUAAAAUCUUGAAAGCUAGGUAUGCAAGUGUGGAUUAUCACCAGUCUGCUGCUCACAGUUUUGACCCGUGCAGUGUAGAUCAGAGACAAACUUACACAGAAAUGGAAAUCAGUGAAAUAGCAAAGAAUCUUCGAGAGAUAUCCCCAAAUAUACAAGCCUUAGAUAUUCUGGAGGUACAAAAACCAGUGCAGAAUGACAAGGGAGAUGAAGCUGAUCAGCAAUGUCCUGAAUGUUCUGCUUUUACCAUGCCAAACAUGUUAAAGAAAAUAGCAUCUUGUAAUGCAAAUGAAUUCAAUAACUCUGAGAAUUUAUGUACUCUUUCCAGUGAUAAUAUUUCUCACAUUGAAUCAUGCACAAGUGAGCAAUCCGACUGCAAGAUUUGGCAUGAGCUGAGGAAAGGCAGAUUGACUGCAUCUAAUUUUAGUAAAGUCUGCAAAGCAGUUGAUUCUAACAAAUGUCCACCUUCACUUCUAAAGACUAUUUUAGGUGAAUAUGGAGAAAUUUCAGCUCCAUCAUUGGUGUGGGGUAAGAAGAAAGAAAAAGCAGCUCUUCAACAUUACAUGAGAGUAUGUCAUAAGUCACAUGUACAUCCCCUUCUGUCACAUAAAGGCUUAAGAAUACAUCCAACCAUGAAUUUCAUCGGUUGUUCUAUUGAUGGUCUUUUUACAUGUAAAUGCCAUGAUAGCACUAUUAUUGAGGUUAAAUGUCCUUUUACACACAGGGACGAUGAACCAAAGAAUGUUUGUCUUAAAAAAGGCUGUGUUAUUAAUGAGAGAGAAGAUGCUCAGCAAACUUGA